AAUAAUUUGGCUGACGUUUUUACUUCCAAGUUCCAAGUUUGACAUGUUAAGUUUAGGCAGAUGUAGCUUAAAAUUCCAUUAUAUUUAAUGAAUCUAGUUUAUUAAAGUUAAUGUUACGAGAAACACAGGCCAUUGAACAAUUACACAGUUAUAUGAAGUGCUUUAAGAAAUCUGCAUAAAUACCAACGGUUAGUGUUGUGCGCGAAUAGUUUCUUACAGUACACGUAUUUAAUAAUAGCGUUGAUAAAGGUGAUCAAAUAAUAUAUUUAAUCAGUCUGUAGUGGCAAAUAUUCGCAUAACCGCGUGUAAGAAGUAGAUAUAGCACAAUAUGGGUUUGACAAUAUCCGCAGUGUUUAAUAGACUAUUUAGUAAAAAAUCUAUGAGGAUUUUGAUGGUUGGUCUCGAUGCUGCCGGCAAAACUACAAUAUUAUAUAAAUUGAAAUUGGGCGAGAUUGUCACGACAAUUCCCACAAUCGGAUUUAAUGUGGAAACUGUGGAAUACAAGAACAUAUCGUUUACUGUGUGGGAUGUUGGCGGUCAGACAAGAAUAAGAAAACUUUGGAGGCAUUACUUCGCAAAUACAGAUGGACUUAUUUUUGUUGUCGAUUCGAACGAUAGAGAUCGUAUUGAAGAGGCACGUCUUGAACUUCGCAGCAUGUUGGACGAACCCGAUUUGAGGGAGUCUAUAUUACUCAUCUUCGCUAAUAAACAGGAUUUGCCAAAUUCCAUGUCCACUGCUGAAAUAACCGAUAAAUUAGAUUUAAAUACACUUAGGAAUAGGAAGUGGUACAUCCAAGCAACUUGUGCAACUCAAGGAAAUGGUCUAUACGAAGGACUUGACUGGUUAUCGAACGAACUGGCAAAAACAACAAAGUAAUUUGAAA